AUGCCUUCUUUAUCUGAUUUGGAUUAUGAGAACCCUGUCAAGAUUGCUUCGACUCAAAUAGAAACUGUGGCUAUCAUCGGUGGUGGAGCAUCUGGAGCAAUUAUUCUAGACACUUUGUUAAAAGAACCAUCAAACAUCAAAAAAAUAGUUGUAUUUGAAAGACAAAAGAAAUUAGGCGGUAUUUGGCUCUUUAAUAAAGACAUUAGAUCGACUCCUAAUGAUCUCAUCAAAUCGGGUAGUUAUAAUUUGGAGAAUGAUCCACAAUUGCCUAAUCCAUUCCAUAAGCAACAAGAAAAAGCUAAGAAAAUUUUAUUACCUAAAAACACACAAGAAAGGUUUAUUGAAACCCCAAGUUAUUAUGGAAUCACCACCAACAUCAUUGAAAAAAUGAUGACAUACAGUGACGUCAAUAAAUGGGAUGUUGAAGGAGAUGCAGAAACAAGGAAAUAUGUUGAAGGAAGCAUUGUUCAAGACUAUAUUGAGAAAUAUUUUGAUAAAAAUUUGAAUGAUCCUAGAACCGAAUUGAGGUUAAAUUCAACUGUUGAAGAUGUUGAAAGGAUUACACGUGAUGAUAACAGUAAUGGAAGUGACAAAAUACCAUAUCGAUUCAAAUUAACCGUUCGUAAUCCUCAAGAUGAUGAUCAUGAUGUAUGGUAUCAAGAAGAGUUUGAUACCGUCGUGAUAGCUACUGGUCAUUACCAUGUCCCUUUUAUACCUCAUGUUCCAGGUUUGAAAACGGUUCAAGAAAAAUAUCCCCUGAAGAUACAACAUGCUAAAUUUUAUAGAGACUCCUCAUCUUAUAAAAAUAAAACUGUUGUUGUUGUUGGGUCUCGUGCUUCAGGUGCGGACUUGACCAAAUUCAUUGCUAGAGAAGACGGCACUACAGUUUAUCAAUCUGUCAGAAAUUUUGACAACACUAAGUUUGUCACUCAGAAAACCAAUGUUGUUAAAAAGCCACAAAUUGAAAAGUUUGAGUUUAGUGAAGGAAGUAUUAAAAUUGUCUUUGAAGACGGUACAUUGUUGGAGAAUCCAGAUUAUGUGAUUUACUGUACUGGCUAUUUGUUUUCAUACCCAUAUUUGAAUCGAUUGACAAAUAACCAGAUCACAGAAGGUAUAACUAUUCCAAACUUGUACCAACAUACAUUCUUGAUCAAUGAACCAUUAAUUACAAUAAUUGGUGUUCCCAUUGAUGGUAUUUCCUUCAGAGUGUUUGAGUAUCAAGCUGUUUUGCUAGCAAGAUAUUUGACUGGAAAAAUUAGUUUACCUCCAAGAUCAAAGCAAAGUGAGUGGGUAAAUAAGAGAUAUGAGGACAAAAAGAACACAAGAGCAUAUCACACCAUAGGUGUAUUGGAUGCUUUUAAUUAUUCCAAUGAUUUGAUUAAAUUAGGUGAAGUUCUGGAUAAAGUAGAAGUGGGUAGAAAAUUUCCAAUUUUGAGCUCUGACGAUAUUUUGCUUUACAAGGAGGCGGGGGAAAAGUUGAAGAAAUUCUGGGAUGAAAGAUAG